UCUGAAACUUCUGUACUAAUACUUCACGAAUCUGCAAUGAAAGCUUUUAUUUACUUUGUUCAAAUGCUACCGCUUGUUUCUCUAGCAUCGGUAGGGAGCACUACGACAGAAUUGGUGUGUACCACCAACGCAAGCAUUGCUGAAAAUGUACUUGAGAAUGGAACCACUCCGACUGAGCCGAGCAGCACGGCAGCCAGCAACAUUACAGAAUUGGUGAAUGCCACCACCGCAAUCUUUGAUGAAAAUGUCUGUGAGAAUGGAACCACUCCGGCAGAGGCCAGCAACAAGACAGCCUUCAACAAGACUGAAUUUUCCUUACCAGAUUCCUGCAAAAUAAAGGCGAGUGAUGGGCUGUGUCCAGGACAGCCCAGAAAAACGGGCAACGCUUUCACACGAGAAAAUAUCAAGUGGACUUACAGCACCGAAUACGGUUUCUGCGGUCUGCAUCGAUGGGAUGGCUGUGGAAACACGACGAACAUUUAUUCGACUUGUAAGGAAUGUGAACUCAAGUGCAUUGAUCCCUCAGCAUAUACGUGCGACGAUUUUUAUUCUGAUGAAUAAAACUUCUUGGGGGCGAAUAGGCAGGUGACAGACAUUAUAAGCAAGCACCCCUCAUUCUAAAGUAUUUACAUAAGUUUUAUAUCUUUGAUUUCAUUGAACAGCCACACUUUGGAACAAUAAAUUAGCAAGUUUACGCGUC